CUUGACUUCCUGAGACUGUGAAGAAAGUCAUACGUUAGAGAGGGUCUAUCCUGUGGUCCGCGGCACAUGCAAGAUUUGAAUUUUUCGCUGGUGAAGAAAUGACAUGUAAGUGUCCACGGAUGUCAGAUGUUGCCUGUGACAUGGAUAUUGAUAAAGAUUUUUCAGAAGAAAGCUCCAGAAUUGCAUCAUUUACUAAUUUUCCAAGUAGCUGUCCUGUUUCUGCCUCAACUUUAGCACGGGCUGGUUUUUAUUACACGGGAAGCGGAGACAGAGUCAAGUGUUUUAGCUGCCAAGGAAUAGUUGAAGGCUGGCAACAUGGAGAUACAGCAAUUGGCAAGCAUCGGAAAAUAUCCCCAAACUGCCCAUUUGUUAAUGGCUUCAACUUUAGAAGUGAUUGUAUACAAACUCAAAUACCCAUUCUUCAAAAUUCAAAUCCACACUUGGUUGAAAACUGUGUACCAAAUGCUGCUCACGCAUUCAAUCAUGAAUCCAGUUCAGAGUUAAAUGCUGAUUUCUUGUUGAGGACGGGAAGAGUUGUUGAUAUGUCUGAACCAAAUUACCCUAGAUACAUUAAAAUGUGUUCUGAAGAAGCUAGGCUUAGGACAUUUAAGAAUUGGCCAUGUUAUGCCCGACUUACACCAAAGGAGAUGGCAAAUGCAGGGCUUUUUUAUACAGGUUUUGAAGACCAAGUCACAUGUUUUUGUUGUGGGGGAAAGCUAAUGAAUUGGGAACCUAAUGAUCAAGCUUGGAUAGAACACAGGAAGCAUUUCCCUGAUUGCUUGUUUGUCUUGGGUCAUGAUAUAGGAAAUGUGGCUCUCGAAACAAUGCAUUUAUCAAGCCAUAAAAGGAGAGUUUCAGAGGCUCCAGAUAAUCCGGACAUGAUCCAGUAUAAAGCACGUCUUGACAGUUUUGCUCAGUGGGCAUAUCCUAUUAGUAAGGAGUCACUUGCUAAAUCUGGACUCUAUAGCAUUGGGGAUGGAGAUAGAACACAGUGCUUUUGUUGCGGUGGAGCAUUACAGGGUUGGAAGUUAAAGGAUGAUGCCUGGGAAGAACAUGCGAAGUGGUAUCCAGGAUGCAAAUUUCUUUUAGAAGAGAAGGGACAGCACUUCAUAAACAAUAUUCAGUUACACCGAUCUCCACAAAAUUGUAUUGUUGGUUCAUCUGAAUCCCAUAAUGCUUUACCUGAAGACAGUGACUUAUCAAAGAAUCCUUUGGUGGUUGGUGCAGAACAGAUGGGGUUUGAUUUUGAGGCAGUUAAAAAUAUUAUGGAAAAAAGAAUCAAGGCAACAGGAAAAAAUUACACAUCACUGGAAGUCUUGGUUUCAGACUUGCUGAAUGCUCAAACUGAAAAUGGUGAAGAAAAGCCCAGAGAAAAAGAGAUCAGCGUUGAAGAGAAACUAAGACAACUUCAGGAGGAGAAAAUUUGUAAAGUGUGCAUGGAUCGGACAAUCUCCAUUGUUUUCAUUCCUUGUGGCCAUCUAGUGGUUUGUGCUGAAUGUGCAGAAGAAAUUAAUAAAUGCCCAAUUUGUUGCACAGUCAUACAAAGAAGACAGAAAAUAUUUUUGUCAUGAUCAGAUAUUCUAUCAGUAAAAACCUUGAGAUAAUAUUUUUGCAGCGAACAUUGCAAAAUAGAAUAAUCUACUAUACAAGCAUGACCAUGUGUGCUUUCAGAUAUUUCUAUUUAUACAUGUUUGUGUACUAGAUGUUCAGAACGAUCUUACAAAUUAUAUUUCACUUUUUAUUUGCCAUGUCUAAGCCAAUCAUUAUAUGUACAAUGUCAAUAACAUCUAUAAAUAUGAUGUUCACAUAAUUUAUUUCAUUUGAAAUUUCUUUCUUGGCUUUUUAAUUUAUCUUAAUUGUCUUGACUCCAGAUAAUUAUUAAAACAUUGCCUAAGGUUCUCGCAGAUUGCAGUGGGUACUGUGACAUUAACUCAACCAGAUUUAUAUGUAAUAACACUAUUAUUUUUAAAUAAAUUGUUUCGUUUUUAA